UCGGAGGUGCACGCACGCAGGCACACACGAGCGCACUCAGCAGUAGCUGAGGGGAGACUAGAGGCGAGUCCCCAUCAGACAGAGUCAUUCUCGUAUUCGUCCCUAUUCCUUUUAUAGUGCACUAAUUUUGACCAGGGCUCUUUGACCAGGGCUGUGGUCUAAAGUAGUGCACUGUGUAAGGGACAGAGUGCCAUUUGGGCCGGAAACCUCUCUCCGGUCCUUGAGUAAUCCCAUUUGCUAUUGUGCUUGUUCAAUCAGCGGAUACAGUUGACUCGCUUCCCGCUGUAGGCUACUACCUCUCCGGACUCUGCCCGGUGCUGCUGCUGGCGCCACGGAGCUCCAGGGCCGCCCCUGUAACGAUUUCCACGUGUCGGUAAGGAUUUAUCGUUUAUAAACCGGAGGAAAUGGAGAAACACGUUUGAGAUUGUGCUUUUGAGCUCUGGCCGGGACACACAAGAACAACAACAACAACGGAAAUAACAGUUUUAUUUUGCCUAGUAAUAGAACACACGUGCACGUCGACAACGGAAUUGAAGGUUCGGACGGACGCAGGAGGACCCGUCGUGAUUGUUUUGUUUGAGGGGCCAGGGAUUUGCGUAUUUUCUCAACUAAAAACAUAAUGCACGACAAGGCGACAGACACCCUGGCUUCGACACGGUCGAAAGUCUCCUCGUUUUACAUUGAAAACCUACUCGGCUCGAGUAAGAAUGGAGAGUCAACGUAUUUCAACCGACAAGACACAACAACAACAACAGCCAGUAUAGUAGCAGGACCGCGGAGGAGAGUAUGGAGCGGAAUGAGAUGGUCUACCCUAGCCGAGUCCUAGCGGGACAUCGGAGCCAAGUGGCUGGUCAAGUGGCAGCCUGCUCCGGCCUCGGCGCCGAGGGUUCCCCCCGGAGAGACUCGCAGUUAGCAUGCUACAGAGCGGCUGCAGCCGAUCACUUUAAACCACUAUGUUUCAGAAAGUCCGCCAGUCCCAAAGAGGAAAGCAGAAGCUCAGCUAACCGUUGCUGCUCCAUCUCAGCCAGCGACCGAGACUCCGUCUCUCCCGCCGUGUCGGAAGAACCCACUGAAGGCAGCUACAAAACGGGACGGAAAACGGCAGACAGCAGCCUGACCGACGACAACGACGAAACGCAGAACGCCUUUGAUGAUCGGUCGGACCUUGAAGCCCCUCUGGACCCGAGCUCUGUCCGGAAGAAGAAAACUAGAACCGUUUUCAGUCGGAGUCAGGUGUUUCAGUUGGAGUCGACGUUCGAUUUGAAACGGUACCUCAGCAGUUCUGAACGGGCAGGUCUCGCGGCCUCGCUCCACCUAACGGAAACGCAGGUGAAAAUCUGGUUCCAGAAUCGACGGAACAAAUGGAAGAGACAGUUGGCCGCGGAUCUCGAGGCCACAAACGUUUCCCACUCGGCCCAACGGAUAGUCAGAGUUCCCAUUCUAUAUCACGAGAGCUCCACGCCCUCGACGUUGGGUUUCACCAUCAACGUGCCCCAGGUCUCCCCACCUUUGACGAGUUUCUCAAACCCCGUGAACUAUUCCCUCUCAUCGUUCGCGCACUCCAUGAGUUUGCUACGCUCGCAAAUGAAAGGGUUGGUGUAAAAAAAAAAAAAGAAGAGAGAGACCAUUAUCGGUCUUUCAUUUUUGUUCACACCAUAUUAUCAUUAUUCAGUUAUUGAAGAUACUGAAUCGUGCAAUAAAUGCAAUGGCCGCAGAAAACUAUACAAGUAAAAAAAGUUUGACGCAUCCAAAGAGAAGGCCUUUAGGCUUACAUUGACCAUGAUUAUACACACAUUUUAAAGUGAUAAAUGAUCGCUGUGUUUUUAAAGUUGUUAAUUGUACUACUUUACAUAUCUACUUUAUUCUACUCUCGCCACAGUGGGAUGAUGAUAGUGUUCAGCUGGCCCAUAUUGGCUAGGUUUUGAAUACACACUUAUUUUUGCAAAGACGUUUAUUCAAAGACAGUUUCCAACGUCACUUUUUUUCACAAUAUAGCUGUAAAUAAACAAAUCACAAGAGA